UUUGUUCAACUCUAGAGAGUGAAGAGGAGUUUUUGUACAGCAGUAUAGCUAAAUUAUAAGUCUAAAAAGUCGGUAGCGGCAAACCGUUUGGCCAAACUAAAUAGCGAGUCCAAAUUGAGAGCUAAAUACCCAAUAAUCGGCCAACGGAGCGGCGAAAAACAGGCGCUGCAAGCAGUGAUAUAAAACCGAAUCACAACCAACACCCAAAAAGGCAACCUGGUCGCGUCAUCAGUGGAAGUGGAAAGGCAGUUGCCGCAGCAGAAGCAACGGGAGAAGCAGUGGUUUUCCAGCUCCGGUUUUGAGUCCUUCAAGCAUGGACAGCAAGGGUCGAAAUGUUAUCGUCUGUGAUAACGGCACUGGGUUCGUCAAGUGCGGAUAUGCCGGCAGCAAUUUUCCCACCCACAUUUUCCCCUCGAUGGUGGGACGACCCAUGAUUCGGGCGGUUAACAAAAUCGGCGAUAUCGAAGUCAAGGAUUUACAUGUCGAUGAUCUGAUGGUCGGCGAUGAGGCCUCACAGCUGCGAUCCCUGCUAGAGGUCUCCUAUCCGAUGGAGAACGGCGUGGUGCGCAACUGGGACGACAUGUGCCACGUGUGGGACUACACGUUCGGUCCCAAAAAGAUGGACAUCGAUCCGACGAAUACAAAAAUCCUGCUCACAGAGCCGCCCAUGAAUCCCACAAAGAAUCGCGAGAAGAUGAUUGAGGUGAUGUUCGAGAAAUACGGCUUCGAUUCCGCGUACAUUGCCAUCCAGGCCGUGCUGACGCUAUAUGCCCAGGGUCUGAUCUCCGGCGUGGUGAUCGAUUCUGGCGAUGGUGUGACGCAUAUAUGUCCCGUCUACGAGGAGUUUGCCCUGCCCCAUCUGACGCGUCGAUUGGACAUUGCCGGUCGGGAUAUCACUCGCUAUUUGAUUAAGUUACUGUUACUACGUGGCUACGCUUUCAAUCAUUCCGCCGACUUCGAAACGGUGCGCAUCAUGAAGGAGAAGCUCUGCUACAUCGGCUACGACAUCGAAAUGGAGCAGCGAUUGGCCCUGGAGACGACGGUGCUGGUGGAGUCAUACACGCUACCCGAUGGCCGUGUAAUCAAGGUCGGCGGCGAGAGAUUCGAGGCGCCAGAGGCACUAUUCCAGCCGCAUUUAAUCAACGUCGAGGGACCGGGCAUUGCGGAACUGGCCUUCAACACCAUUCAGGCGGCAGACAUCGACAUCCGGCCCGAACUCUACAAGCACAUAGUCCUGUCCGGCGGCUCCACCAUGUAUCCGGGUCUUCCCAGUCGGCUGGAGCGAGAGAUCAAGCAGCUGUACCUGGAGCGGGUACUCAAGAACGAUACGGAAAAGCUGGCGAAAUUCAAAAUACGCAUUGAGGAUCCACCGCGACGCAAGGACAUGGUCUUCAUCGGCGGCGCUGUUCUGGCGGAGGUGACGAAGGAUCGCGACGGCUUCUGGAUGUCCAAGCAGGAGUACCAGGAACAGGGUCUCAAAGUGUUGCAAAAGCUGCAGAAGAUCAGUCACUAGAAGAUCAGAAGAUCAGGCGAUGGCGGCGGAGUCAGUGUGUGUGAGCGGACCGUGAGAAAUAGGAUAAAAAAGUGAUACAUUUCUUUUCUCUAUUUUUUAUAAGUUGAAACUUUUCAGAUUUACGUGAUAUAUCUGUCUAUAUGUGUUUUUUUUUUUCAUUUUUGUGUGCCUGUGCGAGUGGGCGUGUCUGUUGAGCAGGAUUGGUCCACUUGUCCUUAGAUUACCAUAAAUCGCAGACAUGCCGUCACUGGUCGAUUCCCACGUACAAUAAAUUGUAAUAUUUCAUUGGCCGCGAGCCGAGCGCUAAAAGUGUAAUUCGAUAGUCGCCUAAUUUGUGUAACCACCUUGCAUUAGUAUGUUUAAUUGAUUAUGAUUACGUCUGAAAUUCAAAAUCCAAAAAUCCAAAAUUUCUUUGAUGAAUACAUAUAUAUAUAUAUAUACAUAUAUAAAUUCAAUGCACCCAAAAGAGUGCGGCGAUAUUUUUGUAAACGCAAAAUGUUUCAUUUCCAGCGAGUAUUUCACAUUAAGUAUUAACUAGGCCAAGUCUGCUUGUAGCAGCAAUUAAAAUCGUGUGUGUUUAAGACAGAGAAGGAAAUAUAUUACUAGAAAGUUGCAUAGCACAGAAGGAGAAAGCGCGAGUUCGGUCGGAGUCAUCCAGCUUUCGUUAACUAAAUACACUGAUUGAUUCACUCGACCUUAAACUAACCACAUCUGGCUCAUCUCCAACUAGAUAAAGAUAAUGAUAAAGGUACAGAUACAGCUAAAGAUACAGAUAUAGAUACAGAUAUAGAUACAGAUACAGAUACAGAUACAGAUAGCUGCUGCCCAAGAUGACGCAUUUACGUUGCCCCAUAAUCGAAAGUACCAUCAGCCGCAGUGUUUGAUUUGAUUUCAUUUCCCCAACUGCCUUCUCUAGUUAGUUGCAAUUUGAUGAUUGUUUUGGGGCAAAGCGGACGCAUUUGAAUAGUAUGCAUAUAUAGAUGUGUGAUCCAUAUAUAUCCCUAUAUGUAAAAUGAAUGUGGAAUGCCAAUUAUCUAAGUGAAUGCAAUAAACAUAAUUAUGUAUGAUGUAUACUGUAGUCUAAAGCUAAA